AUGGAGCCUUCUCAAGAUUUAGCAUCAGAAGGAGAAUUCAGUGGCACUGAGUCUGGAUGGACCACUUACAUUGGAUCUCCUAUCCCUAGUGAAAUUUACCACGACGAGGGAAGUGUAAACAUGGAAGAAUAUGUCAACAAGUUCAAGAAUGCUGAUGAAAAUUUUCAUGAUGAUGAUGAUGAUGAAAAAAAUGAUGACAAUGAAGAGAGUGAUGACGACUCUAUGGCAUCAGAUGCAUCUUCUGGUCCAUGUUACCUUCAACUUGUAUGUAUAAAAAGUGAGACAAGUCAUGGCCUGCAUGUACAUGAGGAGAAGUUCCUCUCAACAAAGAAAGCAUCCAAACAGGUAAAGAAGACAAACUAUGAAGGACUAUUCCUUGCCAAAGAUGCCGAGUCAUUCGUUGUCGCAGACACUGCUUCGAGUCAUGUUUGA